AUGGUUUUUGGAAACAGUGACCAAACUGUAAAUGCACAGACACUUGCAGAGUUAACAUCCACUGAAGACAACAAUGAGGUUAUAAUUCUUGUAUGCUUAUUGGAACAACUCGCUGAGGAAGAUAAUGGUCAGCUUGCUCAACUUCCAUGGGAUGUGCUUGAUAUCAUUUGCAAAGCACUGGAUUUCGACGACCUCUUUUCGUUUUCGGGUGUUUGCAUGAAUUGGAGGACUUUUCAUAAAUCAACUUUCUUGUCGUCCAAGGAACCAUUGCUUGUUCGUUUUACUAUUAACAAUCGUAUAUCUGCUGACUCGCAUUCCUUUAUUAGCAUACCCAAUCAAAAAGUUUAUAAUUUGAACAUGAUGAGUUACUUCCAAUACCCCAACUGUGUCUAUGUUAGAGUUUCCAGCGGAUAUUUCAUCUUUGCCCAUAAAAAUAAUUCAUUUAUGCUAUUCAAUCCAUUUACAAGAAAAAAAAUGGUGAUAAAAAAUGCUACCUUUUCGGUUAAUUAUAUAAUAUCUCUCCAAUACGAAGCCUUGCUUGCUUUUGAGAAAUGCUCUGAGGAAUUUGUCUUGCUGGUUCUAUGCAAAGAUUCUAGGUCUUUGUAUGUCUAUCAAUCUCGACACUAUGGUUGGUUUACUUAUUCAACAUUAAAUCUAGAGGUUGAAGUUGAACCCGAAGCGGUAGUUGACUUUGUGGUUUUCAAUAAUAUAAUAUAUGUUGUCACUAACCGUGGCAAUAUCGGUGCGCUAAACUUGAAUUCUAGAAAUAUUAAAUUUCUAAACCUCAAGAAUGCUCCUGAUAAAGUUCCUUAUACAAAUCUCUGGAAAAUAUCCUUUAAGUUGGUUAAUUGUGAUGAGCAACUUUUAAUGUUUGAUUGUCGAUGGUACGAAAAGGUUGUUUACAAGAUAGACUUGUCAAGCAUGAAUUAUGUUAAGAUGGAAAGUUUGGGUGACAUUGCAUUAUUCUAUGUUUUUCCGUAUAACUUUCGGGCGUUGAGCAACCCCAAGAGAUUUGGGUAUGAAAGUAAUUAUGUGUAUGAAGUUAGAGGGAAAACCCAUUGUACUAUGUAUGAAUGGAAUGUUCAUAAACCAAUAGAAAUAUACCCACAUACUAGUGGACAAGGUUCUGUUGAUGAAUUUUAUAUUUUUGAUUGGUGUUUUAGACAUAUAAAAUAUCAAGUUGAUUAUUCUUUAGUUAGUUGAAUAAUUGUUAUU